AUGCUCCUGUCAUGUUUAACAGGACUAGCGGCUGGAAUAGUCUUCCUGCAUUUCUUGCAGAAACUCCUGUUUCCUUACUUCUGGGACGAUUUCUGGUUCCUGCUGAAGGUGGUACGCUAUGGAAUUCGGAUGGAGAAGUACGUCCUGAAAGGGGAGCUGUUCACAGUCCUGGAUAAAUUCCUGAGUCUUGCCAAGAAGCAGCCCCAGAAACCUUUCAUCAUCUAUGAGGGGGACAUCCACACCUAUCAGGAUGUAGACAAAAGGAGUAGCAGAGUGGCCCACGUCUUCCUGAACCAUUCCACGCUGAAAAGGGGGGACACCGUGGCUCUUCUGAUGAGCAAUGAGCCUGACUUCGUCCACGUGUGGUUCGGCUUGGCCAAGCUGGGCUGCGUGGUGGCCUUCCUCAAUUCCAACAUUCGCUCCAACUGCCUGCUGCACUGUAUCCGCAGCUGUGAGCCCCGGGCCCUCGUGGUAGGCGCAGAUCUGCUUGAAACUGUAGAAGAAAUCCUUCCAAGCCUCCCAGAAGGUAUCACCGUUUGGGGAAUGAGUGAUUCUGUUCCACAGGGCAUAACUUCACUCAAAGAAAAACUAAGCACAGCAUCUGACAGGCCCGUGCCCCGCAGCUACCAUGUGGCUUCAAGUCUCAAGUCUCCUCAUCUUUAUAUUUUUACAUCCGGAACUACAGGUCUACCAAAAGCAGCUGUAAUCAGUCAGCUGCAGUCUUUAAAGGGUUCUGCUGGCUUGUGGGGUUUCGGUUCUACUGCUAAUGACAUCAUUUAUAUAACUCUUCCUCUGUAUCAUAGUUCAGGAUCUCUUGUGGGAAUUGGUGGAUGUGUUGAGUUGGGAGCUACUUGUGUGUUGAAGAAGAAAUUCUCAGCAAGUCAGUUUUGGAAUGACUGCAGAAAGUUUAAUGUGACUGUGUUUCUAUAUAUUGGAGAACUUUGUCGCUAUCUUUGCAAACAACCUAAGAGAGAAGGAGAAAAAGAUCAUCAAGUGCGUUUGGCAGUUGGAAAUGGUGUACGGAGUGAUGUAUGGAGGGAAUUUUUAGACAGAUUUGGAAAUAUUAAGAUGUGUGAGCUUUAUGGAGCUACUGAAGGAAACAUUAGUUUCAUGAAUUACACUGGAAAAAUAGGAUCCGUUGGGAGAACAAAUUUCUUUCACAAACUUCUUUUCAGUUAUGACUUACUAAAGUAUGAUUUUCAGAAAGAUGAACCCAUUAGAAAUGAACAGGGCUGGUGUAUUCAUGUGAAAAAAGGAGAACCUGGGCUGCUCAUUUGUCGAGUGAAUAAGAAGAAUCCCUUCUUUGGUUAUGCCGGGAGUAAGAAACACACAGAGAAGAAACUGCUUUGUGAUGUUUUUAAGAAGGGAGAUGUUUACUUUAACACAGGAGACUUAAUGGUGCAAGAUCAGGACAAUUUCUUUUAUUUCUGGGACCGUAUUGGCGACACUUUCAGGUGGAAAGGAGAAAACGUUGCCACCACAGAGGUUGCUGACGUUAUUGGAAUGUUGGAUUUCAUACAGGAGACAAAUGUCUAUGGGGUGACAGUGCCAGAUUAUGAAGGAAAAGCAGGAAUGGCUUCUAUUACUUUAAAACCAAAUAAGUCUCUGGACUUGGAGAAGGUUUAUGAACAAGUUGUAACAUUCUUACCAGCUUAUGCCUGCCCACGAUUUUUAAGAAUUCAGGAGAAGAUGGAAACAACAGGGACAUUCAAACUACAGAAGUUUCAAUUGAUGGAAGAAGGAUUUAGUCCAUUGAAAAUUUCUGACCCACUUUAUUUCAUGGAUAACUUGAAAAAAUCUUAUGUUCCACUGACCAAAGAACUUUAUGAUCAAAUAGUGUUAGGGAAGGUCAAACUUUAAGAAUUUUUACACAUGGGAUUUUCAUGUUUUCUUAGGAGAAGUGAAAGUGUCUGAUUCUUUAACACGAUAUGGGAGGAGGAUAUUAACAUAUGCUGUGUUUUCUUAAUAUGCAACAACUUUUUGCUAAGUAGGAACUUUCAUUUGUUUUAGACCAUAACAAACUUUAGUUGAUUAUUUGUUUUAUCUAUCUGGGGGUUCACUGCAUAACUAAAUAUUUGCUUCAGUCAUAAAGAUUCUAAAUAAUCAGUAGUUAAAAAUUUAGAAACUUACUACAAAUGUACUUUUUACUAUUUAAAGUUUCUAGUUUUGAGUAAAUGGUUAAAUUUUGCUCAAAUGUUUUAUUCUUAUGCACCCUGCCCUAU